CACAUCCUCCCAGCCACACAUCCUCCCAGCUGCACUGCACGGCACACCACACUUGCAGCCUUCCACAACCCUCCUCGGUUUCAUUCCCAUUUCUCCCAGCGUGGAGAAGAUGGAGACUGCUCUUGGCGCAGCGAAUUGGCUCCUCAGCAAGGUGCUCAACAAGCUCUCCGAUGACCUGGUGGCUGGGUAUGUGGCCAGCCAUGAGCUCGGCCUCAACUUCGACAAGAUCAAGACCGAGCUCAAGUACACCCUCGGGCUGCUGCAUGGUGCCCAAGGGAGGGACUUCAGCCACAACCCCGGCCUGCAGGGCUUGCUGGAGGACCUGAGCAAGAAGGCCGAUGAGGCAGAGGACGCUCUGGACGAGCUCCACUACUUCAUGAUCCAGGACGAGCUCGACGGCACCCGGGAGGCCACUCCGGAUCUUGGGGAUGGCCUCGGUGCUCAAGCUCUGCACGCCCGCCAUGCUGCGCGCAACACUGCUGGUAACUGGCUCUCAUGCUUCUCUGUUUGUUGCCGUUCACAAGAUGAUGCUGCUGCUGCUGCUGCUGCUGGUACUGGGAACACAAGCAAGGCCGUCGAUUCAUUUAACCAUAUCGACAGUGGGUAUGCUGACAAGUUGAUAUUCGACCGAGUGGCCAUGUCAAACAAAAUCAAGCAGCUGAUAGAGGACAUUCACUCACUAUGUCCUCCUAUCUCUAAAUUGCUCGAGAUAAACAAUAGCAGUAAAAUUCCUCCAAAAAGCAUGGAACGACCUGCCAUCGGGUCGACAAUUAGACAAGAGGAGUUUUAUGGAAGGAGCACAAUUUUUAAGCAAACCGUAGAUCGUAUGACAAGUGGCACUUGUUCUGAUGAGACCCUGUCCGUCCUUCCUAUAGUUGGUCCCGGUGGUAUUGGUAAGACAACUUUCACCCAGCACCUUUACAAUGACCAAAGGACUGAAGAACACUUCGCUGUUAGGGUCUGGGUAUGUGUGUCGACUAACUUUGAUGUGCUUAAGCUCACCAAAGAGAUACGUAGCUGCAUACCUGCGGGUGAAAAUGAAGGUGAAACAGACAAUUUAGAUCAGCUUCAGAAAUCCAUUGCAAAGAGACUGAAAUCAAAAAGGUUCUUAAUUGUCUUAGAUGAUAUAUGGCACAGCAGUGAGGACAGGUGGGUAAAUUUCUUAGCUUCUUUCACAAUGAGGGAAGCUGAAAAAGGCAGCAUGGUCAUUGUGACAACUCGAUUUCCAUAUAUAGCACAAAUGGUGAAGACAACUACUCCAGUAAACCUGGAAGGUUUGGAGCCUGCUGAGUUCUGGGUGUUCUUUCAAGCAUGUGUAUUUGGUGAAGUCAUAGCUGAGCAUGAUAAUAAGGAAGAACUAAUUGACAUUGCAAGACAAAUAGCAAAUAAAUUGAAGUGCUCCCCACUGGCAGCCAAAACGGUUGGUCGUUUAUUGAAGAAGAGAUUCUCUCGGGAACAUUGGAUGGGAAUUCUUCAAAAGAAAGAGUGGCUAAACCAGACCCACAAUGAUGAUAUUAUGCCAGCCUUGAAAAUUAGCUAUGACUACCUUCCCUUCCAUCUACAAAAAUGCUUUUCAUAUUGUGGCCUUUUUCCUGAGGAUUAUAAGUUUGAUAGCUUAGAGAUUAGCCGUUUUUGGAUUUCGAUAGGCAUCAUCGAUUCCUGCAGUCAGAAUGAUAAAAUUGAGGACAUAGGUUCAAAGUAUUUGGAUGAACUGUUAGAUAAUGGUUUUCUGAUGAAAGGAGAUCAAAAUUAUUAUGUAAUGCAUGAUUUGAUGCAUGAGCUUGCACAGGUUGUUUCAUCAAAAGAAUGUGCCUAUAUCAGUUGUUCUAGUUUUAGAGCUGAUGAUGUCCAACCAUCUAUUCGCCACCUAUCCAUCUUGAUGUCCGAUGACUAUAAUGAAACUUUUGGUGAAGAAAUGGAUAAAUUGAGGAGAAGGGUAGACAUUGGAAAUUUACGGAGUUUGAUGAUUUCUGGAGAAUAUGAAAGGGCAAGCUUGGUGAAUAUUUUGAAAGAAACAUUUAAGGAGAUAAAGGGCCUCCGUGUUCUGUUUAUAUUCAUGAACUCCGCAAAUUCUUUGCCACCCAGCUUUUCAAAGCUUAUCCACCUUCGGCACCUAAAACUUAUGUCAGAUUAUUCUAACUCAAAACUGUGCUGUCCUAGAAUAGUAUCUAGGUUUUAUCACUUGAAAUUUUUGGACCUUCAGGACUGGGGUCGAAUGUGUGAUUUGCCUAAAGACAUAAGCCGCCUUGUGAAUUUAUGCCAUUUUGGUGCUUGGGAAGAAUUCCAUACCAAUAUUCCUGAGGUUGGAAAAAUGAGGCUUCUACGAGAGUUGAAAGGAUUUCAUGUUAAGAAAGAGAGUGCUGGAUUUGAACUACGAGAGUUGGGCCAGCUGGCGCAGCUAGGAGGAAAACUCAGUAUACGUGGGCUUGAAAAUGUGAGAUCCAGCAAAGAAGCUGCUGAAGCAAGAUUGAUGGCAAAAAGAGAUCUAAUUAAGCUGGAAUUAUUUUGGAGUAGAGAGCACCAGUCGAAGGUCGAUGAUAUUCUUGAUGAUCUCCAACCACACUCUAAUCUUAGAGAUCAUCGCAUUGUUAAUCAUGGUGGUCCCGCAGGUCCUAGUUGGCUAUGUGGCAACAUCCGCAUGAAAAACUUGGAGACCCUCCAUCUAGAAGGUGUAUCCUGGUCCACUCUUCCACCUUUUGGGCAGCUAUAUCAUCUAAGAAAACUCAAGCUGAAAAAUAUUGUUGGGAUAUGCCAGUUUGGACCUGACUUCAGUGGUGGCAUUACAGAGAAAAGUUUCACGCACCUGAAGGAGGUUCAGCUUCAUGAUAUGCCAGAACUUGUGGAGUGGAUUGGGGGAGGUAACACACAUUUGUUCUCAAGGCUUGAAAGAAUCAAGUGCUCUUAUUGUCCAAAGCUCACUGCCCUACCGUUCUCAAGGUGCUCUAGUUCUUCUACACAGGACAACACCAUAUGGUUCCCUAAUCUAUGUUAUCUUUCCACUGAUGAAUGCCCGAAGUUGUCCCUGCCUCCCCUUCCUCACAGUCGCAUGCUAUCAAGUAUCCGAACGGACAGCUUGUUCUAUGAAGAGAGAGUUUUGUCCAUUAAGAUGCCCGGUGAAUUUGCCUUCCACAAUCUUGGUGAAGUAGAACAUUUGAUGACUUGUGAUGCAUCACUCAUCUCAUUUACUGACCUUCAAAAGCUACAUCCCCUAAGAAGUAUUCAGGUUAGGAGCUGCGAGGACACAUUUCUUAGAGGACUGGAUGAUGACAUUGUGCUCUAUUCAGUCCAAUCUCUGCACCUCUCGGAUUUUAUUGUUACCAGGAAAUCGUUAUCAAAUUUGUUCAAAUGUUUCCCAGCUCUUUCUGAUUUGUCUGUGGGUGCAUCAAGUGAGCAUCACGAUGAGGUUGUGGUAUUGCAGGUUCCACCCUCCAGCUCCCUGAGAAAAAUCUGGUUGUAUGGGUGUAAAAAUCUGAUUCUACCUAUGGAAGAUGGAGGUGGAUUCCAGAGCCUCUUGUCGCUCAAAUCAGUUUGCAUAUGCGAUUGCAACAUGCUAUGGUCCCGGUGGUCCACAGGAGAAGCAGCUCAAGGCAUCAGUCCUUUCUCUCCUCAGGUCGAGGAACUCUAUCUUUGUGAUGAGCCGAGCACUCUGUCUAUGGCUCUGUUCUCAAAUCUGACAUCUCUUACCAAACUAAAACUAAGAGAUUGUAAGAAUUUCACAAUGGAUGGUUUCAAUCCUCGCAUCACAUCAACCCUCGAGAGUCUGGAGGUUUUUAAUUCGAGAGAUGAUGAAACUGAUCCUUAUUCUAUAGCAGCGGAUCUACUCGCAGAGGUGGUAAGGACCAAAACAAUGCCCGCAGGUUCCUUCCAACUGGUGACACUUGUGGUGGACAGCAUCUCUGCAGUGCUUGUUGCUCCCAUCUGCACCCGCAUCUCCGCUACCCUCCGGGAAUUAGGCUUCCUUAAUGAUUGGCGGGUGGAGAGCUUCACGGAAGAGCAGGAGCAGGCCCUUCAGCUCCUCACAUCCCUGCAACGGCUGCAGUUUGAUGGCUGCAGGGUGCUGCUGUCCAUCCCUCGAGGGCUGCAUUGCCUUUCUUCUCUCGAGACUUUACGUAUACGUGAAUCUCCUAGAAUCAGAUCGCUGCCCAAGAAGGGCCUCCCUGAUUCACUGAAAGAGUUUUACGUAUUUGAUUGCUCCGACGAGCUUUAUGAGGAAUGCCGGAAAUUAAGAGGAACAAGGCCAGAUAUAAAUACUAUGUAAUAAGAAAGAUUGACGAGCAACUACUGUGGUCCGUCCAGACCACCAAAGCUGACUUUCUGCUUCUGCAAGCGAGUCAAACAUUCAGUUAUGCAAUCCCUCCCUCACGGAUUGCCUCAUCUUUCUGCCUCUUGAAGAAAUAAAUGUCACUAGCUCUCCUAAAUUCAUGUCGUUGCCAAGGAAGAGCCUGCCCGAUUCACUACACUGGCUAAUCAAAGCUAGUUGUUGCUACGAAGUUUAUGGAGCAUGCCAAAAAUGAAAAAUGAAGGGAAACAAAGCCAAAUAUAAUUGUACUUGCCCGGCUACAUACUGAUGACCAGUCGUUCAACUAUGGCUCUUUUCUGCAGCAAAUCAUUGUGCUUCUGAUUUAUGAUCCUUCAUGGUUCCUUCAGUAUGGAGGAACGAUAAAUAUCCUUCGGUUUUCUUAAAGCAGCUGCUGGUAAUUUUGAAGAUCAGUCCCAUGGAUCUGCAUCCUGAAAUAAGCAGUCAGAUUGUCUUCUUAAUGGAAAUACUAUUGCAACACCGAAUUUGAAGCAAACCUGUGAAAGGAAUGUGUGACACAAGGAUCUUUAUGCUUAAAAGGAGCUGCCCUGUGCAGAAGGAAGCUCGUCGCCUAUCGCUCGCAAGAGUUCUGGAUCAUCCGGUCAGUUGAUGAACAGUUGCCAUCGCCAGAUUCCUCCAUGCUAUGAUCAAGAUCUUGAAUAUAUGCGCCUGCCUGCCUGCCAGUCCCUCCCGUUCAAACUUCAAACAACCACUGCCGUUUGCCUGAAACAAACUCAACUCAUGAGUCACGACCCGUUUCAGGCAUUGCAAGAGCUCUGAUCUACAUAAGGAAUUUGGGAUCAGAAUAUAAUGCUCCGAACAUUCUGAACUCCGAAGCUUAACAACGGUAUCCUGCUGGCCUGCUCCUAUGAAGCUUAGAAUGGUACGCAGUGGUGGUCAGCAAUGAACAAUGGUCGCCUUCAAAAGACCCAACUUCUCCACCAAGUGAAAGCGGAACCGAAGCAUGAGCCAAAUCCAACAACGGGGAAGAGAAACAACUCCAUAUGCUGAUUGACGCUCUGACCACCAAGCUAAUACCGCAUCAAAACCAUCCACACUUCCACUAAGAUAGGCAGCAGGGAUAAGUAAGAUACCAACAGCUGUUGAAGAAUCUGAGUUGGGCAACCGCAAUACCCGCACGAAGUGCACCAUCACUCAAGAAGCCUCCAAAACAACGCCUCCACCGAGGAAAUGACGAUAGUCGCCACCGCCGCUGCCAACCGGGAUAAAGUUUUCACCUGGAGAUCUAGUGAUGGGGUGGGAUCAGGAUAUUUGGGUGGCGCCUCCAAGAAGAAAAUGUAAUUGCAGAGAUAUUAUACUCUCGGUUAAAGCGGUUCCAGAAUUUGAUGUAAUCCUUUUUCUCAAGAAUACGUAGGAAAGCUGCGUAUCUUUGUAUUAAGAAGAUGAAAAUAAGUACAUUGUACAAUGUGGGCCUACUGGUCACACGCACGCGGGUUCACAAACGCUUGGAACUCAUACGGAUAAACUAAAACAACCAGUGGAAAGGAGCACAGACGGAUAGACAUAGAACUA